UACAGUGUAAUAAAAAGGAUGUCACCGUUACGUUUUCUUUGUUUCAAUUUAUUUUUAAUUUGUAUUCUCCUGUUUUCUGAAGCAGUUAAUAAUUGUAAAAAAAAUGCGGAAGUGUUAAUUAAUUUUUUCGCCAAUGAAGAAUGGAAAAAUUUGAAAGACGUGAAAAAUGUUGAUUUUUAUACCAAAUUUUUCUCCUUAGAAACAAUCUAUGAAAGUAAAAUUGACUUAUAUAAUUGCAAUAAUAAAGUACGAGCUGCUACUCUUGUACUUGGGUGUUCGUAUGUUAAAGAUUUGAAAGCUUUUUAUUUUAUAUUUUACUAUUUUAUUAUUAAUUGUAAAAAACUGUACACCGAACAAAAGUAUAAAACUUUAGGUGACGCUUGCAUUAAAAAGCUAUUGAUAAUAAUGAAUAAAAUAAAUUUGUUACUUAAAAUAAUGAAAGGAACGUUAAAAGCAUUAGACAUAAUGCACACUAAACCAUGGAAAGAAAAUAAAGGACAUGAUUUAUUAUUCCUUGGUUUGCUUUCAUUUUUACAAGAAAAUCAUGAAGUUUUAAAAAAUACUCUUUUAAUUGAUGACGCAUUGAUCACAAACAAACUAUUUGCACUUAUAAUUACUCUUUUAAAUGAAAAGCAGUCUAUAAUUGAAUAUAAAAGUAGACAUUGUAAUUAUAUUCCUUAUAAUUUGAGCGAGAUGUCGCAAAAAUGGAAUGAAGAAUACAAUAUUUUAACUAAAAAUGGCGACAAACUUCAUUACUAUGAAUAUUUAAGUAAAAAGUUACAUGAUAUAAUUAAGCAAAUAAUGGUUGAAAAAUUUAUCAACCUCGGUUUCAAAUAUGAUUCAACAGUCCAAAAGAUUGUUGUACCAAUACCAGAACAAUUAAAUUCUGAUAAUAAUACAAAUUAUGGAUUUACCGAUGAGAUGACUGCACUAAUACAAAAUGAAUCUAAGGAUGAUACUAAACAAAAUAAUAAUACAAAUUAUGGAUUUACCGAUGAGAUGACUGCACUAAUACAAAAUGAAUCUAAGGAUGAUACUAAACAAAAUAAUAAUAUAAAUUAUGCACUUAUCGAUGAGAUGAUUGCACUAAUACAAAAUGCAUCUAAGGAAGAUACUGAAUUAACAAUCAGUAAUGAAGAAUUAGAAGUUCCGGUUGAAAAUCCUGGAAUGCCAGAAACAAUAAACUUCUUUCCAGGAGCAAUCAGUAAUGAAGAAUUAGAAGUUCCGGUUGAAAAUCCUGGAAUGCCAGAAACAAUAAACUUCUUUCCAGGAGUAAUCUGUAAUAAAGAAUUAGAAGUUCCAGAUGUAAAUCCAAGAACGCCAGAACUAAUAAACUUUUUUCAAGAAGAUAAAGAUUUAAAAGUUACAUCUGAAGAUCCUAAAACGAUAGAAUUAAUCGACUUUUUUGAAAAAGAAGUUCCAUCUGGAGAUCCUAAAACGCCAGAAUUAAUAGACUUUUUGGAACAAGGAUUGAACCCUGGUGUGUCAACAGAAGACAUUUUAGAACCACUGGACAUUGAUAAAAAAAAAAUAACUAUGUUUAAUUUUUUAUAAAUAAACAUUACUCAUCAGUAAAUAUAAAAACUAAUGAUAAAUGUCCUAUUUUUUUCUAUGUUAAUAUAUAUAUCUCAAUAAAAUUUUAAUUACAUUUUGUUUA